GUGGUGCCGUCAGUCGUCUGCUCGCUUCAGAUCUAACGGGUGGGGCAGGCAGGCGGGGCUUUGUAGUGCCGUGUUGUCUUGUGAGAGGCUCAGUGUGGAAGGCGGUAGUUAAUUCGCCUUUUCUUCUUGUUCGACCGUCAAAUCUUCAUACAGUAGCCAUGUCGGUUAUGACAAUUAGGCUAUCCAAAGCCGAGGGUACACCCUGGGGCUUCAGACUGCAGGGAGGCAAAGACUUCGCUACACCUCUCUGUGUUCAAAAGGUGAAUGGCGGGUCGGUGGCGGCGACUGCGGGGCUGCAGGCAGGGGACGCCAUCGUCAGCAUUGGCGGCAAGGACGCGCUCUCUCUCAGGCACAAGGAGGCACAGGAGGCUAUCGUCAAGGCUGGCAACUCCUUCGAUCUCAUCGUCCAGAGGGGCGCCCAGACGUGGAGGCCCGCCGUGACGCCCCUGGCCCAAGUGAAGACGACUCCAGAGGGCGUGCCCGUAGCCACCUCCACCUCCCUCGCUGCCAACAAGAAGCCCGUCCGCUACAUCGGCUCCAACCACAACAGUGUGGCGCGCCCCUUUCCUGGCUUCACAGGCUCCCAGCCCGCCUACACCCCAGGUGCCCGUACCCUGAAGAGCCCCUUGCAGGAGGCCUCGGAUGGGCCUCUUAGUGCCCCUCUGAGCGGUACCUCCUCCAGGAGCACCUCCGGAAGUACCAGCCCCAGCGGCGGCAUCCCAAUCACCACCAGCACUACCAUAUCUUUAAACAAAGAAAAUGCCAAAAAUUUCCUGAAGAUGACGUUGGACAAAGAGAACGUUAAUACCAUAAAUGUACACUCCCCUUACAAGAACCAGAAAACUAACAGUAAUGAGAAUCUGUUCACCAGUCAGUUUCUGAACAACAAUGGUGCCUCGAGUGGCACUGGCGGCCACCAAAGGAAGUAUUCGCUCGCCAGUAAUGCCUCCAGCUGUAGCAGCGACCCAGACCACGAUGCACUGACGCGUCGCAACAAUGAAUAUGUUGCUCCAGUAGGGGCGGCUCACAACACGGUCGCUCUCCCCUUCGCUGAGGUGAACGGGCAGCAGAUCGUUAACGCUCAGUACAACACGCCCCUGAACCUGUACAGCGAGGACAACAUCGCUGAGACCCUCUCUGCCCAGGCUGAGGUUCUCGGCAAAGGAUGCCUCGGCAUCAACUUCAAGAAGUAUGCGCGAGAGACUGUUAUCCAAACAGAGUCUCCCACGUACAAACUUAUCCACGGAGAUGGAGAUGAUGCUCCGAAGAAGCCUCGCCCCCCACCCGUCUCUUCAUUUGACAAGGAGGCCCAGGCCCCUGCCCCGACCUUCCCCCGACCGAAGCCUGCAUCAAGGCCAGCACCGGCAACACCAGCACAGCCUCCUCAGCAGGGAGGAAAGUCAGACGGCCCCUUGAUUGGUGACGGGCCGGGCCCCGCGGGCACUCGCAGCGUGCGUGCCCCACAGACCAGUGUGAAGCCCGAAGGGGCAUCUGGCCCCUCACAAUCCACCAAGUGCUCUGAAUGUGAGCGACCCAUUAUCGGCGUGUUCGUGCGUAUAAAGAAUAAGAACCUGCACGCUGACUGCUUCAAGUGUUCCACCUGCGGUUCCUCACUCAAGAAUGUUGGCUACUACAACAUCAACGAAAAGCUGUACUGUGACGUUCAUGCCAAGCAAGCUGCCCGUCACAACCCUCCAGGACCCAACCUGGAGCCGGUGUUGGUUAAACCUGGUGCCCCAGUGCCUUCCGGUGCCAUGCCUGCCCCUGUGUCCAAGGUGGGCCCACCCCCUGUUCCUGCUCCCUUCAAGCCUCCCGUGGGUGGUGUGAGGAUCAUGCCGUCCUCCGUCCUCGCCCCAGCACCCAUGCCCAAGUUUGCCCCGGUCCCCCCACCCAAGCCCGAGCCCAUGGUCCCAGAACCUACACCAGAACCUGCUCCAGAGCCGCAGCCCGAACCAGAACCAGAACUAGCAGUGGAACCAGAACCAGAACUAGCAGUGGAACCAGAACCAGAACUAGCAGUGGAACCAGAACCCGAGCCAGAGCCGCAGCCUGAGCCUGUCGUCGCCGAGCCUGAGCCAGCACCAGUUUCUGAGCCUGUUGUGGAGGCUGCACCUGCACCUGCGCCUGUCCAGUCUGAGCCCGAGCCCGAACCCGCAGCUGCGCCUGAGGUAUACAUGGUUGGCCCCGAGGUCGCUCCUGUCGAGCACCAGGCUGAGGCUCCAGCACCAGCAACUGAAGACAUUGCUCAACAGCCGCAGGAAGAACCUUCACCACCAUCUGAGCUGCAACCAGAGCUGGAGGUCCAACCUGAAGUUGAGGCCGUCACACUGCCCGAUACAGAGACAGAAGCAGAGGCUAAGUUAGAGCCACAGACUGUAAUAGAACCCCAGGCUAUCUCAGAGCCACAGACAGAGGCUAUCACGCAGCCAGAAUCUAAACCUAUAGUAGAGGAGCUUGAACCUGCAGCAGAACCAGCAGUUGAAUCAGAACCAGAAGCUGCAGCAGAACCAGCAGCCACAGCAGAACCAGCAGCCGCAGCAGAAUCAGCAGUCGCAGCAGAACCAGCUGUCAUAUCAGAGCCGGAACCUGCCGAUAUUGCCGCGGAAUCUCCGGCACCAGGUGUGGCGGGGGAGUCUGGGGGGGCUCUGCCCCCUCCGACUGCCCCGGUGCCCACGCCUGCUGCCCCCCCUGUGGAGCCGGCGCCGGUCCCUGCUCCUGUCCCUGUCCAGGCCCCCGCAGCGCCCAUGGCGGCCCCUCCACCCACCUUCACCCCAUUCAAAGCCCCGGCGGCCCCCGCGACCCAGAAGGUACCAUUUGGUGCCCCUGCUGGAAGCGUGGAUGUGCGGUCGCACAUUCCCAAGAAAGGCCCGGCUCCAGCUCCUGUCUUCGCUCCGGCUCCAGUGCCAGCACCUGUUCCUGCUCCAUUUGGUGGUGGCAUGCCCAAGCCCACGCCAAUGCCGGAUCUGGGUGGUAGUUCACUGAAAGGUGUUGCCCAAACUGGAGGGCAGAGGUCUGCCCCUCGUCGUGGACGUGGUGUGAUGAACCCUUCCACUACUACCAGGAUACCCGUAUGUGCUGACUGCACGCGCCAGAUCAGAGGCCCCUUCGUUUCUGCAUUGGGUAAAACCUGGUGCCCAGAUCACUUUGUGUGCUCCACUGAAAGUUGCCGCAGGGCGCUAAUUGACAUGGGCUUUGUAGAGGAGCAAGGUUCCCUGCACUGUGAAGACUGUUACGAGAAAUACUUUGCCCCCAUCUGUGGCAAAUGUGACAAGAGGGUGAAAGGGGACUGUCUUAAUGCUGUUGGUAAGCAGUUUCAUCCCGAGUGCUUCUGCUGUGCUUACUGUGGCAAGGUGUUUGGUUCUGGGGCCUUCUAUCUGGAAGAUGGAUUGCCUUACUGCGAAGCCGAUUGGAACGACUUAUUUACGACCAAAUGUGUGGGCUGCGGUUUCCCCAUUGAGGCUGGUGACCGAUGGGUAGAAGCCCUCAACAACAACUACCACAGCCAGUGCUUCAAGUGCUCGAAAUGCCACAAGAACUUGGAGGGCCAGAGCUUCUUCGCCAAAGGUGGAAAGCCUUUCUGCAAGGCUCACGCCCAGCGUGGUUUCUAAGCUGCUUCACAGAGCACGCAGGGUCCCGUCACGGCUCUUCCUUCUGAGGGCAGGGAGGGGUUCACCUGCUCCCAUUCUCUAGCAACAGAAUCGACUGGCUGCACAAGUGCCAUCUUCACUAACUUAUGUACAGUCGCAGCAGCAGGAGCAGAAGUCCACUAAAACAUAUCUGCUUACCUGUCCUUGUUUAGCUAUUUAAUAACAUGUACUGUAUUAUACCCCUCAAAAGUGACUAACUGUUGAGGCAGAACUCUAGUGUGAGUUAACCAUCUUUCUGUUGCAUUUAUUUAUUUAUUUGUCUUUAUAUGGUAAGGCAGUUAGUCAGCCUAAUGGCUCAGAUUUAUCAAGAAAUGGUGCAUAAAAAUCACCAGUGAUAUGAAAGUCAAGUGCCUUGAUUUUAUCACAUUAAUCUAUUAGAGUAAGUAUACAUAAGCUUUAGUGCCUAGAUUAAGGUUCAGUAAUACAGACAUACUAUAUGAAAGGUCUAACAUGAUAUGUCACAUGUACUACUUUUGAUUUCUUCAUUGCUUUAGCUAUUUUCCAGUCCUUGCUGUAUACUGUACUGUAUAGAGAAAUAUAUCAAUUGUGAAUAACAGCAUAUUGUUACACAGAAACUAUUAUUGUAUAUAUGAAUUUCGUGAAUGAAACCUAUUUAUCUAAACAAAAUAAAACUACUAUAUAUACCAACUUAGCAACAAGAUUCUAACUCGGCUAUGCUUGCUUAGUCUCCUAAAUGCCGUGUGUCUUGUCUGUCUCAAUUUCUGUUUAUGUUUGAUGUUCACACGCACUGAGAACAGUCUUCGUGAAUUUGGAAAAAGAGGGAAUUCUAAGUCAUUUGCUGACCGUAGAGCUUGCUUAGGGGCCAAUUAAUACACAUCCCAUGACCCUGUAGCAAACAAGUUUACGGAGGCUGAUGUAGAUUGUUUUAAAUUCACGAAGGCUGAACCCAAAAACGUUUUAACUACUCAAUCUAAAAUUCUGUUGCGUGUUUCUUGAUCUUCUGAUUAUCAUUCGUCCCGCCUUCAAAGGGGAAUAUAAAUGAAAAUAGACAUGUUGUAA